UCCCAGAAGGAGCCGCGCUUCCCGGCCCUUAGCGUACUUCCUCUCGCGUUCUUCGAGCUCGUCCCCAAGGCACGGUCGCAGGGCAUUGUGGGAGCGACCUAUCAGUGUUUGGACUCGGCAGUGGCGGAACCUUCAUCCGACCUGGGAAGUCUGAUGUCUAAAUUGGGAUUCUUGGUGCGGAUCUCGGUCGGUGGGGGAGUGGGUGGGUCCCCCGCCCCCGCCCCGAUCGAGGAGGGAGGAAGGGAAGGAAGGCGAACAAGAAAGAGUACGCCUGCGCGAUGACCCCGCCUCAGCCCCGCCCUCGCUAGGCCUCCUGCUCGGGGUCAUGCUAAGGGUGAGAGGGACGGUGCAAAAGGCCCUUUAGGCCGAUCCCCGGGAGAACGUGCGUGAACUGGGUGUGUAAGUUUUCACCUGCAGGGUUUGGGAUACUCCCCCACCUCCGCCCUCCAUAUGGCCCUAUUUGACCUCGGCUGCGGUCCCCCCACAGUGUACAUGCACUCCACAAGGCACACUGGCCUGCACGUCGCGCUGGUGCACACACGUGACGCACCUGGGCAAACGUGUACACCAUACGGUCUCGGCUACUCGCACACUACGCCCCCACGACUCUACCCAUACCACAGUGCACACGCGUGUCACAACUGUGCACCCACGGGCCGGCCCCCCUCCUCCAGCCUUCCUGCCUCAGUGUCCCACCUCCCCCCAUACCCUCCACAGAGGUCCUCCCUACUGGGGUUCCCCCGGGAGGUGCCAAUGUCUAGCUGGGGAGGGUCCUUACGGGUUCCCAGAUCCAGCUCUUCAGGAGGACAAGCCCCCUUCCCCAGUUCCAGCCCCUGUGGUUCCCCCAGACCUGGCAGAGGGGAAGAGGCUCUCUGCCCUCAGGUGAGUCUCGCUGCUCUCCUUAGGUCUCAGACUCCAUGAGUGUCUUUAUCAGCCUCUGCAGUGACCAGUCGACCUUCCCCCUGCCUGCCUUAGCCCCACCGGGAGCACGUGGUCAUUUGGGGGUGAUGCCUGAUUGAAGGGAUGGCAGGGACUGUACUCUGCUGUUUCCUCCUGGAGGCCAGUGACAAGGAAGAACGUAGCCAGCCACCUGGUAACCUCCCACGUGUUUUGUGAGAGGAGUGGACAGGAGGAGCAGCUCAAAGAGGAAAGUGUAGACAGAGGACUGGUUCCUAAGAUCCCAAGGGAGAAGAUGGCCCAGCUGAUUGAAAAGGAUCAUGAAGCAUCAGCACUUUUUUUUAACCCCCUUCCUUUCCAUCUUAGAAUCAAUACUAUGUAUUGGUUCUAAGGCAGAAGAGGUAAGAGCUAGGCAAUGGAGGUGAAGUGACUUGCCCAGGGUCACAUAGACAGGCAGUGUCUGAGGUCAAAUUUGAACCCAGGACCUCCUGUCUCUAGGCCUGACUCUCCAUCCAAUGAGCCACCCACCUGCCCCAGCCUCAGUACUUCUGAAAAAAGGGCAACAGAAAAAUUCUCAUCCCAAAAAGCUCUGUAAAAAAAAAAAAGGGUGCUUAUUGGAAGACCAUCCAUGUUUGGAAAAGGAGAAAGUCAUUGUAAGAUUUUUAGACCUGUGAGAACUGACAGACGGGUCAGAGGAGCCAAGGCUGGACUGAGAUCUCAGCCCCUAUGAAACUCGAUCUGCUGGCAGAAAAGAAGGCAGCAGUGUGGAGGGCUCCCCUGGAACUCCCUGAGGAAUGGACCCUGACAUGGCUUCAUGUAUUAUCAGAAAGGUCCUUCCGGGCCACUGAGGCCAACCCUUCUUGAGCUGUGAAAUGAUGAAGUCAAGCCCCAGAGGAGGGAGGAGACUCAGAAGCCUAGGACCAAAGGGAUACAGAGACUCACGCUUUACCAAAAGAACCUACUAAGGUCCAGAAGCUUCAUUGAGUUGCUCAAGGUCACACAGGUCAAGCAUUAGAAACUGGAUCCUCUGACUCCAGAAUCAGCAUUCUUUCCCUUGUUCCAUAUCUAUGCUUUCUUUAAAUAUGAAGGAACCUUCUUUUUUGUCUCUGUUGACGUUGGGGUUUUUUAUUUUUACUUUGCCCAAUAUCAUAAUUGCAGUUCCUGAAUUGUUGUUUUAUUCUGAUUCACAUGAUGCAUAGUUAUUUUUUCUAGCUUUUUAUUUUGAUUGUCUUUUUUUCAAUGUGUUUUGUAGUAUUAUAGUAGCUUUUUUCUUAUCCAUUUUAUCCGUGCAUUUUACAUUUUAUUGGUUUUAUCAAUUCACAUUUGUGAAGAUAACGUAUAAAAUGAAUAUUGUGUAUUUUUAUCUAUUUGUGUCUCCAAUAUUGCUUUUAAAAAAUCAAGAUCCCUCCCCUAACUUUUUUUGUUUCUUAGGGGUAUUUUUGCAUUUUUUUUCCUAAAAGAAUUUCAUUGCUUUGUUCUCUUCGUUAAUUUUUCUCACCUUGUCUGUUCCUCAAUUUUAUUUUCUGAUUGAUGUGUGUCCUUGUUUAUUUUUUCUUUAAUCUCUUUAUUUCUUAAUGCAGUUAGAACUUCUGAAGUCCCAGAUUUGUGCUCUCACUUCUGACCUAUUUUAUUGUUACUGAUCUCUCCCUCAUUUUUUUUCUGCCUCAUUCUCAGAAAUAUCAAUUCAUGAGGAAAGCAAUAUAGAUUGGAGUAAGGCCCAAUGAUAGAAACUGUUGUGUACCACAUAUUUUUGUAUAAUUCUAUCCCUGUUGUCCCUAGAAUCAUUCUCCUUUCUUUUGUUAUCUCCCAUCUUUGGGUCCUUAUUCUCCCAUCCUCUGGAUAGUAACUGCCCCAUAAACUCCUUUUUUUGGUUCUUUAAGUAGAAUGUUCAGAUAACACAAGACUUUCUGCAUCCACUGGAAACCUCAGAAGAUAAUAAUAUAUUCUAAAAAAACAAAAGAGAUGAGAUCCUGAAAACUCGAGCCUCAUUAUCAACAUAAUCAAAUGGACAUUUAGCACAAGACUAUAGUUUGAGGCAUUCCUCAACUAGGAAUGAGGCCUCACCUGAACUAGGUUACUAAGCUUCCCCCAGUAGUGUAUCAAGGACACUCACCACCAAACCCGGACAAUAGCUGCCGCCAUGCCAAGAUGCUCAACAUGCUGCCACCAGGCACCUCUCCGUGCCAAGAGCCCUGAGAGAGGAAGUGAUGCCAAAUAUAUAGACCGUUUUUAUAUCACUUUCCUGUGUCUCACAUGUAUCAAUGGUAGCUUAAGCUUGACUUAGGACAGCCCAGGGGUCUGUCAGUUGUUUCUGAUUUGUCAUUUGUUAGCACAUGUCUGUCACAGGCCAUCCUUCUCAAUACUUAAUCCUUAAAUAGGGGUGUAGACAUUCCUGUUUUGUUAGACUAAGCAGGGUGGAGUAAAUCUAAAAUUCACACCACAAGAAUUCUAAAGACUUUGACUUUUCCAGCCCUGACAGACAAACCAAGGUGGUAAAGAGUGGUAGUUCUCCAGAUUAUGCCAUAUAAAAGAUGAUGAGGAUGGGAAAUGAACCAAGCCCAGAAAUGAAUGUAAUUGGAAGAAAACAGUCUAUUUUGCAUUUAGGAAAUUGUGCAGUGCCUAUAAUGAACUCAAUUUCCUGAAAUGAAAUUCUGUCUUUCAACAGCCCUGUUUUUCUGUUGAUGCAUUAUUAUGGCAAAUCAUAGAAAACUUAUCAAGAUUUAAAAAUGAGUAAGUGAAAGGGCAGUGAGAUCUAUGUGCAUAUAGACUGCAGCCUAUUUCCAGUGAAGAAUUGUGCACAAGAAUAUCAAAAACUGACUAAGAAAUGAUGGGAGAGAAAGAGAACAAGCACUUAAGAAGUGUGUUAGUACUGUGCUUUACAAAUAUCUCAUUUUAUGAGAUUAGUUGGAGAUGAGUUAUGAAUGCAGAACAGACAGUUUCAGUCUGCCUAUCUGCAACCCUUGUAUAAGAGACUUAGAAGGGUUUGAUUCCCUCUCAAGGUUUUCUGGGUGAAGAUCAGCAGCCUAGGCUAGGAAGGCAUGGAUGGUUUAUAGUCAUCUGCAGAGGGAUGAGCCUUAUUGCUAUGGCAGGUGACAGAUGAAAUGACUAAGGGACAAAGGUUUGGCCUGCCAGGUAUAUUGAUCUAUUAAGCAAUGCAUGGCACUUGUCCAAAAAAUUGAGAACAGCCCCCUUUCUCAUCUUAGGGCUGGACCCUGAAUAUAGGGGGACUUAUACCGUAAAAAUAAUCAGAUGAGAUUAAUUAAAAGGAAAAAUGCAAUAUUAGGUAAUCUGAUUUCUAGCUAGAGGAAACGAUUAGGAACUUUGCAAGUUGGAAGAGGGAGAGUGAAUAAUACAGUUCCCUGAAUUUAGGAGAAGAGCUAGCCCAUUUAUCCCCAAGUAUCUGUAAAUAAAGGAACAUGGAAACAAUGACUGAUUGACUAGUAUGGGACUAAUUUUCAGAUAAACCAUAUGGGCUGCUUGAGAUGAAUAAUUGUGAGAAAAUUCUUUCCAUCAAUCUUAGGAUCCAGCUAGGUUUCUGGUCAACAUAAGCUAGGUCCUUGAUUGAUGGUAUCUCACCAGUAGUCAUAAGAGGUCCAGUUUCCUAGUCAAACAGUGCUAGAUUCAAAUAAUGCAGAAAGUUUUCUCUCAAUCCCCACAACUGCAUCAAUUUCUCUCACAGGAUGGAAUUUGCACUAGGCCUAUAAUUGAAUGGAAAGGGAAUUGAGCUAGCUCCAGAAUUGAGUCACAAGGUGGAGCUAGUAUGGUCACUCAAUUGCCUCAAUUCCUAAUCUCAUCUGCUUCUUAAUCUCUUGAUUUUCCUCAUCACAAAAGACACAGAUCCUUUGACAUUGGUAGAAUUAUCCUUUGGUACACAGUACACAUUUCCACACUGUGCAGGUAGUUAAUGUUAUAAUAAAGGAGGCGGAGGCCAGAAUUUCAUUCUGGGGCUUCCUAGAACAAGGAAGGUGGCGAUCUCUGAGGAAGAACAGAGUUCUAUUAUGGGUAAAUUAGUCUUCAGGCCUGAGAGGGCAUUUGGGGGGCCUGGCCAAUCUCAGAAUGUAGAGAUCAAUACAGAAGUAAUUGCCAAAAUGUUGCUAAGCAGAAAUCAAUAUAAUUAGGCUCGGGAGGCUGACUGCCAGUGGUAGUGUUUUGUGUCUGUUUGCUUUAGAAAGUACUUGAUUUUCUUGGGGUCCACUUACGAGGACAUAUCCAGGGAAAUUUCAGUCACGGAAAAUGCCUUCUAUGCUACUGAGUCAAGUACAAAGCAGGGUGGGGGUGGGGAGUCAGGACACACCCAGCAAGGAGCUUAUUUCAAAGUUUUUGGGAAGUGGAAUACCCAAAACUAAGUGCUCUGAAAACGUCUUCCUUUAGAGCCUACAUCUUUGUGUUUGUUUCCGAAGGCAUUUGAGAGGAGUUACCUCCAGUUAAAGAAGAAUGUGUUUGACUCCGGAAUUGGUGACGUUCAAGGAUGUGGCUGUGGAGUUCACCCAGGAGGAAUGGGGACACCUGAAGCUUGCCCAGAGGGCCCUAUACAGGGAUGUGAUGUUGGAGAAUUAUGAGAACUUGGUCUCCCUGGGGCUUCCUGUUUCCAAACUGGAUGUGAUCUCCCUGUUGGUGAGAGGGGAAGCACUGUGGAGGCCCGAGGGAGGAGGCCCCAAAAGCUCUUAUAAAGGUACUCUUAGUCAGAAGACCAAGUUUGAAAUCAAAGUCACAAGUCUGAUGCAGUGCAUUUACAUGGAGGAAUCAUACAAGACAGAUCUUCCAGUAAAUAUUCCUUGGCAUUCCAUCACAGCAGAACCAAUAGAAUGUGAUAUUAAUUUAAAGAUACAGAAGGGCAACCAGGAGAGACUGUCCAGACUCAUAACAAUUCCACAGAAGACUACUUUUAAUGAAAUGACUGCACCAUAUUAUAAUACUUUGGGAGGAGGUUUUAAUCUGGCAUCAAUCUUUGUUCCAUGGAGAAAUCCUAUGAAGAAAGGCUUCCAUAAUAAGACACUAGAAAAAAAGGUAAAGGAUUUUUCAGACCUAUUCAUAUGCAAUGCUUUUUCCUUAGGGAAGAAUCUUUCUAAGUAUGACAAAUGCAAGAAGCCCUUUAGUUACCAAUCAGACCUAAUUAAAUUUCAUAGAACACAAGCUGGAGAAAAUCCACAUGAGGACAAAGAAGGGGGAAAAGCCUUUGGCAGAAGAGCAGGUGGUAUUAGGUAUCAGAAAAUUAGAAUUAGAGAAAAAAAUGAAUGUCGUAAGUAUGGCAAAACCUUUAGCCACCAAAAAAGAUUGAUAAAAAUGAAAAUUAAUACUCAGGAGAAACCUUUUAAAUGUAAGGAAUGUGGGAAAGGAUUCAGCCAGAGGGGAAACCUUAUUACUCAUCAAAAGACUCAUACUGGUGAGAAACCAUUCAUAUGUAAAGAAUGUGGAAAAGGCUUCAGUCAGAGAGGAACUCUGAUUAGCCAUCAGAGAAUUCAUACUGGAGAGAAGCCCUUUGAAUGUCAUGAAUGUGGAAAAGCCUUCAGUGAAUGGGGAUCCUUUAACAGACAUCUUAGAACUCAUACUGGUGAGAAACCCUUUGAAUGUUAUGAAUGUGGGAAAGGAUUCAGCCAAAGGGGAACUCUCAUUAGUCACCAGAGAACUCAUACUGGAGAAAAACCCUUUGAAUGCCAUGAAUGUGAAAAAGCUUUCACUUCAAGUAAUGGACUCAAAACACAUCAGAGAAAUCAUACUGGUGAAAAACCCUUUGAAUGUCAUGAAUGUGGAAAAGCCUUCACUGAGCGUAAAGUACUCAAAAUCCACCAGAGAAUACAUACAGGAGUGAAACCUUUUGAAUGUAAUGAAUGUGGGAAGGCCUUUAGUGACAAUAAUGUCCUUAGAAGCCAUCAGAGAACUCAUACUGGAGAGAAACCCUUUGAAUGUCAGGAAUGUGGAAAAGGCUUUAGUCAGAAGGGAACUCUUAAUAGCCAUCAGAGAACUCAUACUGGAGAGAAACCCUUUGAGUGUCAGGAAUGUGGGAAAGGCUUCAGCUGGAAGGCAAGCCUUAUUGCCCAUCAGAGAACUCACACUGGAGAGAAACCCUUUGAAUGUCAUGAAUGUGGGAAAGGAUUCAGACAGAGGGCAAACCUUACUACCCAUCAGAGAACUCAUACUGGAGAGAAACCUUUUGAAUGUAAUCAAUGUGGGAAAGCCUUCAGUAAAAGUAAUAUUCUCAAAACACAUCAAAGAAUUCACACUGGAUUAAAACCCUUUGAAUGUGAUCAUUGUGGAAAGGCUUUCAGUGAUGGUAAUGUCCUCAAAAGCCAUCAGAGAACUCAUACUGGAGAGAAACCUUUUGAAUGUCAGGAAUGUGGGAAAGGCUUUAGCUGGAGGGCUAGCCUUAUUACCCAUAUGAGAACUCAUACUGGAGAAAAGCCCUUUGAAUGUCACAAAUGUGGGAAAGCCUUCAGUCAGUGGGGAUCAUUUAAUAAACAUCAGAAAACUCAUACUGGAGAGAAACCCUUUGAAUGUCAUGAAUGUGGAAAAGGAUUCAGACAGAGAGUGAACCUCAUUACCCAUCAGAGAAUUCAUACUGGUGAGAAACCCUUUGAAUGCCAUGAAUGUGGAAAAGCCUUCAGUGAGAAGGGACACCUUAUUAGACAUCAGAGGACUCAUACUGGAGAGAAAUCCUUUGAGUGUAAUGAAUGUGGGAAAGCCUUUGUUGAGAGGCGGUCCUUUAAUAGACAUCAGAGAACUCAUACUGGAGAGAAACCCUUUGAAUGUCAUGAAUGUGGGAAAGGAUUCAGACAGAGAGUAAGUCUCAUUACCCAUCAGAGAAUUCAUACUGGUGAGAAACCUUUUGAAUGUCAUGAAUGUGGAAAAGGAUUUGGACAGAAGAUAAAUCUCAUUACCCAUCAGAGAAUUCAUACUGGUGAGAAACCUUUUGAAUGUCAAGAAUGUGGAAAAGCCUUCAGUGAGAAGGGACACCUUAACAGACAUCAGAAGAUCCAUGCUAGAAAGAAAUUCUUUUAGUGGAAUGAACAUGGGAAAGCCUUCAUCCGGAGGAGAUCCUGUAAUGGACAUUAGAGAACUCACACUGUAGGGAAAUCUUUUGAAUAUAAUGAAAGUGGUACAGCCUUUAAUUAAUGGGGAAUGUUUAUUGGCCAUGAGUCAACUCACACUACAGGAAACUUUUUGAAUAUUGUUAAUGUAGGACAAAACAUUACAAUUAUCAGAAGAAUUAUUAGAAAAAAAAGUGGAUAUGGGGAAGGCUGCAGCAAAAGGACAAACUUAUUAGACAAUAGAGAAUUUAGAGAGGAGAAAAACUACUUGAAUAUUUUGUGUGUGUAUGUAUGUAUUUAUAUGUAUCAAAACUAGUUCCAAUAAAAACAAUUUAUGUAAUGACUACAAUAAUGUGAAACAACCUCAAAAAAUUUUAGAAAUCUAUAAUCAGUGAAAUGAUCAUUUAUGUUGAUUCAAUUAUAAUCAGUGUCAGAAGACUAAUGAAAAAAACAUCCCUUCAAUUUCUUGACAGGAAGUCAUUGACUUCAGAUUCAGUAUAGGAUAUAUGUUUUCAGAUAUGCUCAAUAAGACUUUGUUUUGUUUAACUAUACUUCUUUGUUUACUGCAGAAGGCUUUUAUCUGGAAUGGAGAGUUAUGGGGGAAUAGAAUGUGGCUAAUAAUAGUGAUGCUAAAAAAAAGUGUCAGUGAAAGAUUUGAAAAUGAAAAGAACAGAAAGGAUUUCAGACAAGUGGCACAUAUAUUUCCAUUGUGUUAAACUUCAUAUUUGCUUAAAGUACAGAUAAUAAAAUUUCAGCUUGAAAUAGUCUUUUUUGUUCUUUGCAUAUGAAGUAUUGUGAUAAAUUUAGCAUCCCUUGAACAAAAUAAUAAUGGUUCAUAAUGUUAUAUGUAAUCCUCUUUUUCUGUUCUUAUUUAUAUUUAAGAUGAUAAUAAAACAAUUUUAAUGGGGAAAAAA